AUGGCAUUAGAUAGCAUCACAAGCAAGCCAUCAAUAACCGCUGAUCAUUACCACGCAAAAGAUGAUCUCGAAAAGUCUUUAGUUUUUGAUGCACAAGUUCUUAGACGCCAAUCAAACAUACCCCAACAGUUCGUUUGGCCUAACCAUGGAAAGCCUGGUGUUGACGCACCUGAACUCAAAGUUCCAGCCAUAGACUUGGGUGAUUUCCUAUCCAGGAACCCUGUUGCUGCAAUGGAAGCUUCAAGAGUUGUUGGUGAAGCAUGUCAAAAACAUGGUUUCUUUCUUGUUGCUAAUCAUGGAGUCGAUCAAGGACUCAUUGCUCAUGCCCAUAACUACAUGGACAACUUCUUUCAAUUGCCCCUUCCUGAGAAACAGAAGGCUCAAAGAAAGAUUGGCGAGUCUUGUGGAUAUGCUACUAGCUUUACUGGCAGGGAGUAUUUUAAAGAUAAUGAUUCAAUAAUGAGGCUUAACUACUACCCUCCAUGCCAAAAACCUGAGCUUACUUUAGGAACUGGUCCUCAUAGUGAUCCAACUUCUUUAACCAUCCUUCAUCAAGACCAAGUAGGUGGUCUUCAAGUGUUAGUAGACAACGAAUGGCGUUCGAUUAGCUCCAAUUUCGACACUUUUGUCGUUAACAUUGGCGACACCUUCAUGUUGGUUUUUGUUGUUUCUAAGGCUCUAUCAAAUGGUAUAUUCAAGAGUUGCUUGCAUCGAGCAGUGGUGAACAGCCAGACACCAAGAAAAUCUCUUGCUUUCUUUUUGUGUCCAAAGAAUGACAAGAUGGUAACUCCACCAAAUGAAUUAGUGGACACAUGCAAUCCAAGAAAAUAUCCAGAUUUCACAUGGCCUAUGUUGUUUGAAUUCACACAAAAGCAUUACAGAUCUGACAUGAACACACUUGAGAUGUUCUCGAAUUGGCUUCAAGAGAAGUAUUAA